AUGUCCAUCCUCCAGCUCCUCAUAACCUCCCUUCUCCCUCCCCUCGCCUUCUCCUCUCCCCACGCAAAACGCGUCAUCCCCCAAAACGACUUCACCUGCCGCAGCACCACGCACCCAAACCCCGUCGUCUUCUUCCACGGUCUCGGCGCAAUCUUCCACGAAGACCUCAACUUCCUCCAACUAUACCUCCAAUCGCAAGGCUUCUGCACGUUCUCCACCACCUACGGCGAAUACGAUGCAUUCCCCUUCGUCGGCGGGCUGAAACCCAUCAAUGCCUCCGCAGCUGAGCUGGCGACGUUCAUACACGAAGUACAGAGCAAGACUGGUGCUGGAAAGAUUGACCUGGUCGGACAUUCUGAGGGUGCGUUUCUGACGCUAUAUGUUCCAAAGUUCACGGACACCGCGCAUCUCAUCGACAAAAUCAUCGCCAUCGCGCCCCCUACCCACGGCACAGACUUCGGCAGCAUCUACGACCUCGCCUACCUCUUCAGCAACGUAAGCCGCGAAGUCGUCGGAGACGUCCUCCAAACCGUAGGCUGCGCAGCCUGCGACGAGCUAGGACCCGACGGAGCCGCCGUCAAGGCCCUGACGAAUGGGACUAGCGUGCAGCCGGGCAAUCAAGUAACCAUCCUGACGAGUCGGUAUGACCAGCUAGUCACUCCGACGACCACGAGCUGGGUGGACGAGCCUGGGGUUCGGAAUUUGUAUGUACAGAAGUUCUGCCCGUUGGAUUUUGUGGGGCAUAUUGGGGAGGCUUAUGAUUUGAAUGUGUGGGCUAUUGUGAGGAAGACGUUGACUGGGUUGGCAGAGGGGAAGGUUGGGCCGGAUUUGUGUGUGACUGUGCCUUUUUGGGGGUAG